CUGAUCCGUAGUCAAUGAACGCACCAUGUGUUCAGCGUUUGGUUUGGUUAUUUUACUUUUAUCACGUGUAAUUGUCAAAAUAUAAUUUUUCUUUCAUGUAUUUUGUAUCAUAUGGUAUUAUUAAUAUAUGGAGUAUAUUAGCAUUUGUUGUAAAUAUCAGAAAAAUUAGAUUCUUUGAAGUUAAGUAACAAAAUGCAGAUGAAGUUGAACAGACGGCGUCAGUCUUCAAAAAUUGAAAUAAUAGAUUUAGAUGAUUUAGUCGUGACAAGAAAAGGUGGAGGAAGUAUAAUUGAUCAACGACCAGUCUUUUCUCAUGAUGGAGAAACAUUGUACAUAGUAUGGAAACAUGUUAUAAGAGCUUAUAGUACUCAAACUGGAGACUUUGUAAGGGAAUUAGAACCAGCUAAUCAUAGGAUAGCAGGAUUAAUUAUCCAUCCUGAAAAUUCUAAUCUAAUUAUUACUUGUACAGAAAAUGGAGAACUUAAUUUCUGGAGCUGUCAAAGUGGAAUUAUUACAAAAAAAUUAAAAUUGAAAUUUCAAGAUGAACCAAGAAUAAAGACUUUUCACAUUGUAAAUUAUAAGACUCACAAAGGAAAUGAGUUACGGCAGGUGCUUGUAACUUAUCUAUCUAAUAAUAAAACAGAAAUUUAUAUAGUUUUAUUUGAUCUAGAAACUGGAGUAUGUACAAAGUCCACAUGUAUUGGAAUUUAUUUCCCUGAAUAUUAUGUUGAUAUAAUUGGAAAUCGUGGAGAUAAUUUGAUAGCUGUUCUCCAUGAUGUAGAUUUACACAUAUUAAAUCCAUCAAGGAAUCUUAUUGAUAAAUUACACAAAACAGGCAAAACAGGUAGGAUACCAACAUGUAUUGCUGGACAUCCAGAAGAGGAAUGUGUUGCCACAGGAGAUUCAACUGGCCGUGUUGUAGUAUGGAAGAAUUUGUUCCAAUCAAGACCCUACACAGCUGUAUAUCAUUGGCACACAUUACCAGUUACAGAGAUAGCAUUCAGUAAAUCAGGUACUCACAUGUAUACUGGAGGUGGAGAAUGUGUACUAGUAAAAUGGGUAUUAGCAAAUCCGCAUCAAAAAUCGUUUCUUCCUCGGUUACCUGCACCUAUUAAACAUCUUACUAUUGCUCCAAAUAAUUUGUAUGUUGCUGUAUCUACUUUAGACAAUGGUAUUGUAGUUGUAAAUCCACAAAGAAAAUUAACAUCUGUAAUACAGAAUUUUACAUGGGGUGUAGCUUUAUCUUCUAAAGAAUUAUUCCCUGCUGGUCUUAUCGUUGAUCCACGUACGAACUGUCUCGUGUUAAAUAGCCGUACCGGGCAUGUUCAGUUUUACAAUACCCAUACUAAAAGCUUACUGUAUAAUAUAAAUAUUACCGCACAAAAUUUUUUAACUCAAGAACGUAGUGUAAUUGUCGUAAAUACGGAAGUUACAAAGAUAGCUUUAAAUCACGACGGUACGUGGAUGGCAACCGUUGAAGAACGAAACGAUAAAGUAUCCUGUAUUGAAGUAAGGCUCAAGUUUUGGAUGUUUAGCAGUAAAGAACAGUUGUUCACAUUGAACACUUCAAUUGAACUUCCUCACGAAGGCGGUAUCAAUGCUCUGCAUUUUCAACCAAGUAUGUUUAAUGAAGAUGGAGCAUUGGCAGUUACUACUGGUAGAGACAAAAAAUUCAAAUUAUGGCAUCUAGUCGAGUCUUCAUCCACUUAUAAAAAAACAAAACAUUGGCAGUGUCAUAGUAUAGGAGAUUAUAGAAAUUUACCCGUAACGGAUGCUGGAUUUUCGAUUGAUGGUUCAUUAGUUGGUAUUGGUUUUGGUUCUAGCUUGACAAUCUGGACACCCGAUACCUGUACAUUUAAAUGUAGUCUUGCUUACAGUAGUAAAUAUCAAUAUCCACUAACGCGAAUUGAAUUUGGGAAACAAGAAGCCUGUCAUUUUGUAGUAACAGCUUCCACCGAACAUAUUGCAGUUUGGAACAUCUUAUCUCUAACACUGGUAUGGAGUGUACCUUUAAAAGUAGCAACUUUAACAGCAGAUCCAAAAUCUACUCACAUGGCCGUUUUUACAACCGACAAUUCAUUGUAUGUAUUUACACCACAAAAGUCGUUACCUGUUUAUACUAGAAAAAAUAUUAUUGAGAAUGGUAAUUAUAUCUUGGGGGCUACCUUCGUUCCACACCUGCAAAGGAAACGAGACGCAUCAUACGGAUUAUGGCAACAAAAGUCACAGUUGUUCUUUUUAGAUUCUAAUCAAGAGUUGUUAACACUGGAACCGGAGUCUGAAGUAUCCAUUUGUCUUGAAAGUAUAUCUACAAACGCAUCCGUGCCGGCAACUGCCUUCAGCAAUUUAAUAGCAGCUCAUACUACAAUAGACAAGGAAACCCCUGCUCCAUUUAUACACGAACAAUUAAGUGCAUUAGGGAAAGGGAUGGUGGACGAGCUACUCAGUGUCUCAGCCCACACUUUGCCACCCAUGAAGUUGAUCUGUGCAUCUUUCAUUACCUCUUUGUUAACACCAUCGGCAUCGAGAACUCAAUCAAUUGAAGAUAAGAACACCAGAAAUGAAAACAUGCAGCUUGAAGUGGAGACAGAAGACGAGAGCGAAGAAGAAUCCGCGCGACAAAUAAAACGACCAUCUUCUCCAGUUAUUGAAAACAAUGAUGCAGACGAAACAAAAAUACAACUCGUUGAUCAUAAUUGGUCUUUCCUAUCAACCAUAUUUCCGGAGAUAGACGAUAUUGAACUUUGAUAAAGGAAAAAAUGGAUGUUAAUAUUCUUUUUUAGCCAAGACUCGUAUGAAUGAGAACUAUUUAAAUAGAUUUUACCUCGUUUAAAACGAAAGUUUCCAAUUCUUCUUAGUUUUAUUCAAUUAAAAAAAAAAUUAGAUAUUCUUUCAUAAUAUGUUUAAAUGAAUAUAUGCAGGAAACCUUUAUUUUAUGUA